GUUUCAGUUCUCGGUUGCCUAAGAUUCAGCUCAGUUCGUUUUUUUAACAAUGAAAAAAUUAGUUGCGAUCUCUUGUUUCUUUAUUUUGUUGCACACUUCUCAAUCGGUGUCACAAGAAGAUUUUGAACUAUUCAAAAAUAAUGUGGAUGCCAAAAUGGAAAAAAUAUUAACCGAGCUGGACAAAUUAAAAGAAAGGAUACACUGGACCAUUCCUGGUUCUCCAGGCUUGAACGGAAUGAAUGGAAAGGAUGGCAUUCCAGGCUCUAUCGGUCCUAGAGGUCCAAUGGGCAAUAAUGGCUUAAAUGGACAAAAUGGCUCUCCUGGUCCCAUCGGCCCUCCCGGUCCCCCCUGCACUUCUGGUCCUUUAGGAGAAAUAGUUUAUACUCCCGGACCUAAGGGAGAGCCUGGAAAGCCAGGGGUUCGUGGCCUUGCUGGACCCCCAGGACUCCCAGGCGAAACAGGAAAGCCUGGACAUACAGGGCUUCCUGGCGCUAAUGGACUCCCAGGAGGCCCAGGACUUCCAGGCCAAAAAGGAGAGCGUGGAUAUACAGGGGUUAAUGGCCUUGUUGGACGAACAGGACUCCCAGGCCAAAAAGGAGAGCCUGGUGGGAUUAUUCAGGUUCCUGCUGGUCCAAAGUGAAUCGGCGAAGAAUCAGGCUCUCAAACAGGAUCCAACGGCAGAAGAGAGCCUACCUUCGUAGAAGUCUUUUAAAAUUAUUAUUCAAAUUACAGCAUAUUAUUUGCAGAGACAAUGUUUUAAACAACACUUUGGGAAACCAAAAUAAGAUCAUUACUUCAUUACUCCCAAGCUGGAGUAUGUCCAA